CCCCUCCGCGGGGCCGGGGCCGGGGCCGAGCGCUGCCGGCGGGAGCGGGGGCUCGGCCACCCGGUGCAGCCCGGCCGCGGCGGGGCUGCAGCCCGGGCCGGUCUGCGCUGGGGGAGCAGGUUUCUUUGUUGGCUGCCGGGUGACUGGUUCCCAUUAAUCUCCCGCACUGGCCGUGGCCGUCUCCACUUCCUGCCUUUGCAUACUUCUGUCUCCCUCGAUCUCAGUCCCUUCCCUCCCCCUUCCCUCCCCCCUUUCUUUCUCUCCCUCUUCCCAGCUUCUCCAAAAAAGCUACAGCCGCCCGGGCUGCGGGACGGGGGCUGCAGGCGUCCGGCGGCGGAGCGCAUCCCUGCGCGCCUCGGUUGGGGGAUAUAGGACAAGAGUAGGUGUUCAUCUCUAAUGUGACCUUUCAUUAUUCUUUGAAGAUGUUUGUUUGAACUGUAUCUGUAUGCUGAAAACCUGUGAGCUGCUGCAGUGUAGCUGAGACUUCAAUGAAUUUGUGCGAAUGGAGAAGUCCUUAAGGACACAGUGAAAGCACAGUGAGUUUCUGUCAAAAAUGCACCCUGUGUGUGUUCACACACAGAGGAAUGGGAAGUUAUUUCAGAAACAUGAAAGAAUACAGGAAGUCCUGCAUGACCAUGAUGAAUACCUGCACUAAUUAAGUCACUGGCUGGGUACUGGGAGAACAGCAAGAUAUCCACAUUUCUAGAAAGCAGAAAUGACCAUGACUGCCAACAAGAAUGCCAGUGUCAACAGCAGAGCUGGCGGGAGUAAAGUGCCUCAGGACACUCUGGAUAGGUGUCAGUCAGUCUCUCCACCGCCUCUUUUGUCCCCGCGAAGAAGUCCAGCCUACCCCCUCAGCGAUAGUGAAGACUCUUGCCGCUCUACUCGGCUCACCAAAGUCUCCAACUCCAGAUUGCGCCUCAAGGACUGGAGCAGCCGCACAUCUACGUUGAGAAGCACCUCCACAAGUCCAUCAGACACUGACUCCCUGAGCCACCCUCUCAAAGCCAUCAGUGUGGGUGCUUUGGAUAAAAGGCUGUCUGUCUUCAAGACUGAGGACCAAAAGGAGAGUCCAAAGGAGGCUCAAGAUGGGGAAGCAAUAGGGAGCCAUCUGCUCACCCGGAGCACUCUGUCCUUGGGCACUGCUACCAACCUGAGGAACCUCUCCCUCAGCCGGGCGAGUGUCCGCUCCCAGGCGCUGGACAUCAGGCAGAAGAUCACAGAAUGGGAGUGCCGCCGGGAGCUGUCCCCCAGGGUGAGCACGUGUGUGGACAAGAGGGAUGCUGGGGAGAGGUCGGGCAGUGACAGCUGCCCCAGCGUGCUGACCUCUCCCUGCAGCGAGAAGACAUUUGAUUUCAAAGGGCUCAGAAGAAUGAGCCGAACAUUUUCUGAGUGCUCUUACCCAGAAACGGAGGAGGAGGAACUGCUAGACAGGGAUUCCUGCCAUCGGUUCGAAAAGAGACCAGGCAGGAGUGAUCCUCCUUCUGCUGCUUUCCUCAAGGGCCAUGUGAGGAAAGAGUCCUCUGCCGUGCUCAACAGGAUACAGAAGAUCGAGCAGGCGCUGAAAGAGCAGCCUGGCAGAGGCCUCCCCCAGUUACCGAGUAGCUGUUACAGUGUUGACAAAGGGAGGAAAAAGUCUCUGACUCUGAGUACUGUGGAGGGACUGAGUGAAACCCUGAGUGAUAGCAAAGGAGGGAGUGUUAUUUUGGGGAGCGAACCAGAAACACCUACUGAGGCUGAGAAAAGCAGUAAGACAAAACAGGGGGUUACUGCAAACUCAGCUGGCCCUAAGCUGCUCCUUGAAAGCCCAGCUAACAGUGCGGUGAAUCCUGUCCCCAAGCCCAAACGCACCUUUGAAUAUGAAGCGGACAAAAACCACAAAAGUAAACCUAGCAACGGCCUACCUCCAUCUCCUACAGCUGCUGCUCCUCCUCCCCUCCCAUCCACCCCAGCACCCCCCGUGACCAGAAGGCAGAAGAAAGAGUCACGCUUUCACAGAAAAUCCCAGAAUAGAAAAUCCUUUGAGUUUGAGGAUGCGUCAAGUCUGCAAUCCCUGUACCCUCCCUCCCCAACUGAAAAUGGGACUGAGAGCCAGCAUAAAUUUGGAUCGAAGAGCACUUUAGAAGAAAAUGCCUAUGAAGACAUUGUAGGCGAGUCACCCAAGGAAAACCCGUAUGAGGAUGUGGAGCUGAAAGGCCGUCACGCGGGCCGAAAAUCCCACCAGCUCUCCGAGAAUUCCCUGGAUUCUUUGCACAGGAUGUGGACGCCGCAGGACAGGAAAUACACAUCACCUCCCCAGCUACCUUCGAAGCCCAGCAGCCAGUCGCUGCGCGUCGGGAACUGGUCAGAAAGGAAGAGCCACCGCUUACCACGGCUGCCCAAGCGGCACAGCCACGAUGACAUGCUGCUUCUGGCUCAGCUUGGCAUUCCCUCCUCCCCUUCCAGCCUCAAUGAGGACAGCCUGAGUACCACAAGUGAGCUUCUGUCUACACGGCGGGCAAGGAGAAUCCCAAAGCUUGUCCAAAGAAUCAAUUCCAUCUACAGUGCAAAAAGAGGGAAAAAACGACUGAAGAAACUUUCUAUGUCCAAUAUUGAGACAGCAUCCCUACGAGAUGAGAACAGCGAGAGUGAGAGUGACUCAGAUGACAGGUUUAAAGCUCAUACCCAGCGUCUAGUACACAUCCAGUCAAUGCUGAAGAGAGCUCCAAGUUAUCGCACCCUGGAGCUGGAGCUGAUUGAAUGGCAGGAACGGGAGUUAUUUGAGUAUUUUGUGGUAGUGUCACUGAAAAAGAAGCCGUCUAAAAACACUUACCUCCCAGAAGUGACAUAUCAGUUUCCCAAGCUAGAAAGACCAACCAAGCAAAUGCGCGAAGCAGAGGAGCGUCUCAAGGCUAUCCCUCAGUUCUGCUUUCCUGAUGCCAAGGACUGGCUCCCCGUCUCUGAAUACAACAGUGAGACCUUCUCUUUCAUGCUGACCGGGGAAGAUGGGAGCCGGCGGUUUGGUUAUUGCAGGAGGCUGUUGCCAAGUGGAAAAGGCCCACGCCUACCUGAAGUUUAUUGUGUCAUCAGCCGGCUGGGGUGCUUUGACUUAUUUUCCAAGAUCCUGGAUGAGGUUGAAAGGAGAAGAGGAAUAUCUGCUGCCCUGGUUUAUCCAUUUAUGAGGAGCCUGAUGGAAUCUCCUUUUCCUGCACCUGGAAAGACAAUCAAAGUCAAAACCUUUCUGCCUGGAGCUGGAAACGAGGUUAUUGAGCUGCGGCGGCCCAUGGACUCACGCCUGGAACACGUGGACUUUGAAUGCCUUUUCAAGUGCCUCAGCAUUCGUCAGAUCAUCAGGAUCUUUGCUUCUCUCCUGUUGGAACGGCGUGUGAUUUUUGUAGCAGAUAAGCUCAGCACCCUCUCGAGCUGCUCGCACGCCGUGGUGGCCCUGCUGUACCCCUUCUCCUGGCAGCACACCUUCAUUCCUGUUCUGCCUUCAUCCAUGAUUGACAUUGUGUGCUGCCCUACGCCCUUCCUGGUGGGACUGCUCUCCAGCUCUCUGCCCAAACUGAAGGAGCUGCCCGUGGAGGAGGCUUUGAUGGUUAACCUGGGGUCUGAUCGAUUCAUCAGACAGAUGGAUGAUGAAGACACACUAUUACCUAGAAAACUGCAAGCUGCUCUGGAGCAGGCUCUAGAGAGAAAGAAUGAACUGAUAAAUCAGGAUUCAGAUAGUGAUUCAGAUGAUGAAUGUAACACCCUGAAUGGAUUAGUGUCUGAGGUUUUUAUCCGAUUCUUUGUGGAGACAGUUGGCCAUUAUUCCCUGUUCCUAACCCAGAAUGAAAAAGGCGAGCGUGCCUUCCAAAGGGAGGCUUUCCGUAAAUCUGUGGCCUCCAAGAGCAUCCGCCGCUUCUUGGAAGUCUUCAUGGAAUCCCAAAUGUUUGCUGGCUUCAUCCAGGACAGAGAGCUGAGAAAGUGCCGGGCGAAAGGACUCUUCGAGCAGCGGGUUGAGCAGUACUUGGAAGAGCUUCCAGACACGGAACAAAGCGGAGUGAACAAGUUUCUGCGAGGCCUUGGAAACAAAAUGAAGUUCCUUCACAAGAAGAACUAGCUCCUUUCUGCCGAAGUACCAACCCAAAGACUAUUUAAGACACUGCUCUUGAGACACCUGCAGCGUUUCAGUUUGAUGGAGGAGAGCGGAGUGAGCCGACUGCAGCUUUAAGUGAUGACCGAUGCUGUUGGUGUGCUCCUUUAUGUAUUUGGGUAGAAUUUGUACAUAAUGUGCUGUAAGCUUUUGUAACUGAUUUUGUAAUGAGCGAGAAAAACUGUGGUAAAUAUUUGUAUAUUCCUGAAAAUAACAGGUGCUUUUUUUUUUCUUUACUAUGAAUUGAGUUAUGCUUGGUGCAAAAAUGAAUAGCUGAUUAUGUGCAGCUGACUGUCUCAGCAGAACCACUGACUUCAAGGGAUGUUUGUGAGAGCUACACUGAUGCCUGAAUACUGCGGGGAUGAAUGAGCUCGGGUACGUGGGAGAGGUUGUACGCACAGGGACUGCUUUCAUGUGGCGGAGUUGGGUUUUUUGGUUUUGGUUUUGGGGUUUUUUUCCUUCUAAUUAAUUUUAAGAGAAAGACGUAACAAAGUAACUUGAUAAUAAGGUACUUGGUUCACAAUACAAAACUUCCACUUGGUUUGAACUCUGGUCAGUAAAGUACUUGUAAUCCAUUCUGCACUAAGACUGCUAAACCUGAGGAGAUCUCAGUUCUUUGACAUGCAAGCUGCAACGAGUAGGUACAGUACAUCCUUUCCUAAUAUAUGUAUGUAUGGUUUCUAAUAAACUUUGUAAAUAUA